AUGGCGCAACGACGGUCGUCUGAAGAUGUCGAUCUAGAGAUGGAGGGACUUCUCGAGGAGCAGGUGGCGUGGACGAGAUCACCCAACGUUUCGUCACCGUCGUGGAAGAUCUCGACUGCCUCGACUCCUCUCCGCGUCUUCGCCUUGGCAGGCAUCGUCUUCUUGUUGGGUAUAGCGGUGAUGGGCGUGAGUAGCUUAGGCGGUUCGAUCGGAAAGACGGGCCGGAUAUAUAUGCGUGAUGGCGGGAUAGGCGAGGAGGGGAUAGGCUCUGCCAUCCAGCGAUUCAAGGAGAGCAUUGUCCUGUCGCAAGCGCUCGACUCGCACCUCAUCCUGACGGACAGGCCGUCCGAACAUGGCUAUUCGACCUCCGACAUCCUCAACCGUCGAUACCUUGACGCAGCGAAGAACGUCGACCUGAGCAGAGCAUGCAAUUUGGGCGACUACCUGCCGUGGCAUCGCCGAGACGAGCUUGCUCAUGGAUGGUGCGCUCAUGGACCCGCCGACGACCCCUCGCAAGUCGAGAUUGCCGAGCUCGCACGGCAGAUGCAGCACUGCACGGUCAUACUCGACGCGCGGCGAGACGAAGUGCACGAAGACAUGAACGGCUGCUUGCACAGCUGGCUGCGGGACCGCAUCGGUGGCAUCCCUCGGCGGUCAUGGAAUGCACGGCGUGUGACGGUGGGCGUGCACAUCCGCUGGGGCGACGCUGCUGGCCAGUUUCGCGGCUCGAUUUCCAUCGAGAACAUCAACCGCCUCCUCCGCGACAUCCGCAACAAGUUCGGCUCGGGCAACGUCGACGUCUCGCUUGUCAUGGAGCAGCACGACGUCGCCAUCCUUCGCCAGAUCGACACGCCCAAGUACCGCCUUGUCGACUCUGGAGACAGUCUCGCCGACAUGAAGCGCCUCGCAGACAACAACAUCAUGCUCGUCGCCGAGUCGAGUUAUGCCGCCACAGCGCAUCUGCUUGCGCCCCCAGGACUCACAAUUGGCCAGAUUGAGCAUCCCAAGUACGACAACACCACGGCGUUUGGUCGCGACUUCGUCUCAUUAGAGCGGUAUACCCCGGCGUGGCUGGACAAGGUCGAGUCGCUGGUGCAGGGAAGGCUGUUAUCCUAG